CGGUGGCCGUGGCGACGAUGAUGUCACGGCCCUGAGUCCUGCGGGGGUCCGCCUCCUCCAUGUGCACCAUGAACAGCACAGCAUGGCCUCUGGACUUGGCAGCAGACCCCUCCAGACCCAUACACCAUCUCCACCACCACCACCACCACCACCACCACCACCCCCUGAACGUCAGCAUGGCCGGCCCAGGAUCGGGCUCCGCGGCUGGGCAGGACUCGCUGGGCGACUGGGCCCUGAUCCACAGCGCCACGCUGGCCUGCUGCUCGCUCCUGCUCCUCCUCAUCUUCUCGCUCGGUUCCUACGGCAACCUGGUGGUCUUCCUCUCCUUCUUCGACCCGGCGUUCCGCAAGUUCCGCACCAACUUCGACUUCAUGAUCCUCAACCUGUCCUUCUGCGACCUGUUCCUGUGCUGCGUCACCGCGCCCAUGUUCGCCCUCGUGCUCUUCCUGGACGCAAGCACCGGAGGAGGGGGCGUGUCUCGAGGUUUCUGCUUCGCAUUCCACCUGAGCAGCUCGGGCUUCAUCAUCAUGUCCUUGGAGACGGUUGCCGUGAUCGCGCUGCACCGGCUGCGCAUGGUGCUGGGUCAGCAACCGAACCGCACGGCCUCGUUCCCGUGCACCAUCGCGCUCACCGCACUCCUGUGGACCUCCAGCUUCGCGCUGGCCAUGCUGCUGACCCUCAGGGCGUACCCGCGCGCCGCCGGACCCUGCCUGCCGCAUUUCGGGCUGUCGGGGGUGCGGGGCGGCGACCGGGAGCGGGCGCGCGUGGUGCUCUACGUCUACCUGGCGGACUUUGCCUUCUGCGUGGCGGUGGUGGCGGUGUCCUACCUGCUGAUCGCCCACGCGCUGAGGAAGAACGCCGCGCAGGUCAGGAAGUGCCCCGCCCCCCCAGCAGCAACCGCCGCCGCUGCUGUCAUCACCGUGGAUACCAAGCGGCCCCCGCCCCAAAUCCCACCCCCUUUCAUGGCCACGGGGGGGCUGGAGGCCAUGCAGUGCCCCGCCCCCGCCCCUGUCCACGCCCUCUACCGCAACCAGAACUACAACAACAAGUUUCAGCAGGUCCAGACGCACCCGUUCAUCCGGACCGGCGGCACCGUGGGUGGCGGCAACGACCCGACCCAACCGCCCGGCGCCGCCCACGGAGCCACGAGCGUGCAGCUGGUGUCCAGCGUGAACCUGGCCACGGCCAAGGACUCCAAGGCGGUGGCGACGUGCGUGGCCAUCGUGGUGUCCGUGCUGCUCUGCUGUCUGCCCAUGGCCGUCACCCUGGCGCAGGACCGUGGCGGCGGGGGAGGCGGCUUCCUUCACUACCAGCUGGAGCUGUGCGGGCUGGCGCUGGUCUUCCUCAAGUCGGGCAUCAACCCCUUCGUGUACUCGCGGAACAGCGCCGGGCUGCGCAGACGCGUUCUCAGCUGUCUACACUGGGGGGCGCUGUGGCUGCUGUGCGGAGCGGGAUGCUGCUGCAAGCAUCGGCCGCGUCUGCUGGCGGUGGGCAAGGGCUCCCUGGAGGCGCACCGCAACAAGUCGUCUCACCACGACACCAACUCCGCCUACGUGCUCUCCCCCAAGCCGCAGCAGCGCCGCCUACUGGUGGACCAGGCCUGCGGGCCCGGCCAAUCACACGCCACCUACACCAUGCACAGCCCCGCCCACCCCGGGCCCCGGGCGCCGCCCACCACCACCACCACUGGAGGAGGAGGACGCAAGCCCCGCCCACCAUCCACCUCUACACCAAUCAACACGCGGAUCGAGCCCUACUACAGCAUCUACAACAGCAGUCCGUCGGCCGGGCCCAGUUCGCCGUCGCACGCCGGGCUGCAGCCGGUACCGAGCAGCACCACUGGCAUCAGCAAGUCUUACAUGGCCAUGCACUACCACACACACCAACACCAGGGGGCGCUGCAGGAUCUAGAGAGCACCACCGCGCACCAGCAGAUACCCGCACCGUCUGUAUAG